UCAGUCUCCUCUGUUUUCCCAGCAAUAUGGCACCACUCUUCUUCUUCCUCCUCGCCAUUUUCUCAUUUGCAGAUGGAGGUUCAAUCGGUGUCAACUAUGGUAGAAUCGCUAAUGAUCUACCAUCGCCUUCGAAGGUCGUUAAGCUCCUGAAAUCUCAAGGAAUCAAUCGAGUUAAGGUCUACGACACUGACCCUGCUGUACUCAAGUCACUCGCCGGAUCCGGCAUUAAGGUCACGGUGGACCUCCCCAACGAGCUCCUCCGCGCCGCCGCUAGUAAACCGUCGUUUGCUUCCGGAUGGGUGGAGCGAAAUGUCGCUGCGUACCACCCACACACGCAAAUCGAAGCCAUCGCCGUCGGUAAUGAAGUGUUCGUCGACCGGAAAAACACAACCGGGUUUCUCGUACCUGCCAUGAAAAACCUCCAUGAAGCUCUUGUUAAGUUUAAUCUGCAUUCCGAUAUCAAAAUCUCGUCGCCGGUGGCAUUGAGUGCUCUACAGAACUCAUACCCUUCUUCAUCCGGAUCUUUCAGACCCGAACUCAUUGAACCCGUUUUCAAACCCAUGUUCGAACUUCUCCGUCAAACCGGGUCUUACCUUAUGGUUAAUGCUUACCCGUUUUUCGCAUAUGAAUCGAACUCCGACGUAAUCUCCCUCGACUACGCACUCUUCCGUGAAAACCCCGGCGUACCUGACACCGGCAACGGCUUACGUUACUUCAGCCUCUUCGACGCUCAAAUCGACGCCGUGUUUGCCGCAAUGUCAGCGAUGAAGUUCGAUGACAUCCCGUUGGUUGUAACUGAGACGGGGUGGCCGUCGAAAGGUGACGACAACGAGAUCGGAGCUAGCAUGGAGAACGCCGCUGCUUACAAUGGUAACCUAGUAAAACGCAUUCUCACCGGCGGAGGUACACCUCUCCGGCCUAAAGCAGACCUCACCGUUUUCCUGUUUGCUUUAUUUAACGAGAACAAGAAAGACGGACCUUCGUCGGAGAGGAACUACGGGUUGUUUUACCCGAACCGGGAAAAAGUUUACAAUGUACCCUUCACGACGGAGGAUUUGAAAGAUUACAGAGACAAACAGUCGCCGGCCACCGGUGAUAUGGGUGGAGGUCAAGUGAGGGUGUCAGCUCCAAACAACGGGUCUAGGUCCGGGUCCGGAUCCGGGUCGGGAAAAACUUGGUGUGUAGCAAGUGAUGUGGGAAAAGAUAGGCUGCAGACUGCCCUAGAUUACGCUUGUGGAGAAGGUGGUGCUGAUUGCCGUCCGAUACAACCAGGUUCCACGUGUUACGAUCCUAACACGUUAGAGGCUCACGCAUCGUACGCUUUCAAUAGCUACUAUCAAAAGACUGGACGUGCUGCUGGUUCGUGUUAUUUUGGUGGGGCCGCGCACACUGUAUCCCAGCCACCUAAAUUUGGGAAAUGCGAGCUUCCAACUGGAUACUGAAAAGGUGAAGUGGUUGGACAGAUUGUUAGUAUUGAUUGUAGAUUUUGUAGCUUCUCUUGUUAAUUUAAUUAAUGUAAUAUGGAUGGUGGUCUAAUUAAUUCAUUUUGGAAAUGGUCAUUUCAUUAUUCAUGUUUGACAAUGGU